CGACAACUCUCCACCUUCCAACACCCCCACCACACCUCGCCUCCCUCUCCCUUCGAUAGCCUUUUCUUGUCUCCUACCAUCACCGCCGCCAUGAACCACGGCUAUCCUCCCGCCGCCCAGCGCGGCAACGGCCCACCUGGCUCAGGUCCCCCAGGCCCCAGCCAACGCCUGAAUGAGCUGUUGGAUUCUAUUCGCAAUGAAUUCGAUACUGAGAACCAGCGCAGUGCCGAAUACGAGGGUCAGAUCACCAGACACAUUCAGGAGAUCGAGAUGAUCCGUGGAAAGGUAUACGCUCUCGAGCAGCAGCAUGUUCAGAUUAAAGCCAAGUACGAGGACGAGAUCGCCCGCCUGCAGCGCGAGCUUGAAACCCGUGGCGGUCCUAGCCAGAACUCGCAGCACCACGGGCCCUCGCAGCCUGCACCUUCGAUCGGCCACGGACCGAGCAAUCUGUUCGGAGGAAUCAUGGCAGGCAACAAUCAGGGUGGACCAGGAUUGGCUCCACCUCCUCAAGAGCCUCAGCAGCCCGGCCUCCCGCCUCAUCUCGGACCCCAAGGUCCUCCAGGCCCCCCGGGCCCUCCCCAGCAUUUCGGAGGCUACCAGCCACCACCCAACGGCUAUGGACAGCCUCCCCAGCCAACAGCCUCGCCUGGACCUAAAGGGCCUCGUCCCCGCGGCGGUCCUCCCGGCCCUGCGACUCCCCAGCAGAACAACUCCACGUAUCCAGGGUCGCCCCAGGUUCCCCGCCCCACGCCCCCCCCUCACCAACAACAGCACAGUGCAUUGAUGCCCCCCGCUCAACCUGUCCCACCACUUGCACAGAGCAACGUUCUGGCCGAUCUCGACGUGGAAUCGCUGCCGGACAACUUCAAGAAGGAGGGAGCCGAUUGGUUCGCCGUCUUCAAUCCUCGUGCGCGACGAGUCCUUGAUGUGGACCUGAUUCACAAUCUUCCCCACCAGAGUGUUGUUUGCUGCGUGCGCUUCAGUUUGGACGGUCGUUUCGUCGCGACCGGAUGCAAUCGCGCUGCCCAAAUUUUUGAUGUGGAGACUGGAACCCCAGUUGCCCACUUGCAAGAUGGAAGUCUGCCCGAGGAUGGCGAUCUUUAUAUUCGCAGUGUCUGCUUCAGUCCCAAUGGCCAGUAUCUGGCUACAGGUGCCGAAGACAAGGUCAUCAGGGUCUGGGAUAUCGCCAGCCGCACCAUCAAGCAUCAAUUCACCGGUCACGAGCAAGACAUCUACUCCCUUGAUUUCGCUCGCAACGGACGCAUCAUCGCGUCUGGCAGUGGAGAUAGGAGUGUUCGCCUUUGGGAUCUCGAGACCAACACACAACUCCGCAACUUGUCCAUCGAGGAUGGCGUUACAACUGUUGCCAUCUCGCCCGACAACCGUUUUGUCGCGGCCGGCUCUCUUGAUAAGAGUGUUCGUGUUUGGGACGCGCAAACUGGCGCUCUCGUGGUUCGUCUCGAGGGCGAGCAAGGCCACAAGGACAGUGUCUACUCUGUCGCGUUCGCGCCUUCUGGCGACCGUUUGGUCAGUGGCAGUCUCGACAAGACCAUUAAGAUGUGGGAGUUGACUACUCCUACUCGUUUGAUGCAAGGCGCUGCCCCUGGCGGAAAAUGCAUUCGAACUUUCGAAGGCCACAAGGACUUCGUGCUGAGCGUUGCUCUUACGCCUCACGGCGAUUGGGUGCUCAGUGGAUCCAAAGAUCGCGGUGUGCAAUUCUGGGACCCUCAUACUGGUGUUGCCCAGCUCAUGCUGCAAGGACAUAAAAAUUCAGUCAUCUCUGUCGCACCCAGUCCAAGUGGAGGUGUCUUUGCUACCGGCAGUGGCGACAUGCGUGCUCGUAUCUGGAGGUUCGACAGAUACACUGGCCCGUAAACAAAUAACAUGGCAACACCAACGCUCGGCGCUCAUGAACGGCACAUGCAAUGUCUCGAGCUCGUUCAGUUUUCUCCGAUCGGUACGAUCGAGCCUUGCCGUCAAGCGCAUGGUGCACAACGAUUUAUACCCCACCUUUGACAUGACCGCGUUAAAAUUGCUGUCAUCAUGUCACCCCCCUUUCCCUGUUGAUGAAUACCAUAAUAUUUAUGAUAUCUACUAUCUCUCAAGCUUGGCGCGGGUUGGCAGAAGGACAACGAUGAAAUACUUUAUAAAAGCAAUAUCUGGACAGUUAUCUAUGAGGAUGAGUUGGAUCUCCUUUCUCCUAUUUCCUGUUUCUUAUCCCCUUCACAACGUCGGCUUGCUCGUUUUUCGGGAUCGGAAAUUCACUGGAUGGUAGCAGUAAGGGAAUGGGAGGUGAAAGGAGUGCGGAUAGGGCAUCUUAUUCAUCUUUAUAUGUGUGCUUGGCGUGAAGCGAUUGGGGUGGACUCUCCACCAAGGAUGAGCAAGGGGUGGCUUCUCUUUUAUUUAGAGACUUUUUGGGGGUUUAUGUACUGGUUAGGUAUCUUCAUCCCAAUCCUUUCUUUUUUGAUUUACAACUCUACUAUUGAUGUCUCGUUUGCCGUGUGAUUGCCCUGUACUCUAUUCCGCCGAUGAUGGUUUGGAUAGGGUUUACGAAGGGGUCCGCACUCCACCUUCCUCCUCCUGAGAUGAUUAGUAAAGGUUUGCUCUGCCUCUUGUUUGUCGUCAUCUGGUUUCUCUCCGACUCUUUU